AUGAGUAAGAUGAGUAAAAAGUUAGAUAUUCGUGUAAUAGUUGGUCUAGAUUUCGGAACUACAUAUUCGGGAUUUACUUUAUGUCAUGUUGAUGAUGACCUCGCAAAUAUUAAGACAAAUAGUGAGUGGCCCGAAGAAUUGGGAAGAUUAAAGACUAAUACGGUAUUACAAUAUGAUAAUGACUUUACAGAGGUUGAAUUAUGGGGUAAACCAGCCUUGUGUAAGAAACCUAAUAGGAAAGGAAAAGAUACUGAAACGAAACCUGUAGAAUUAUUUAAAUUACAUUUGGGUAAUUGUUUGGAAAAAUAUAAACCAAAAUUACCAGUAAAUUUUAAAAAAGCAAUUACUAAUUAUCUUGGCGAAAUUGGAAAGUUGAUUAAAGAAACUAUUCCUAAAUAUUGGGAAGGAAUUGACUUUAUGGAACAUGUUCUUUUAGUUGUUUCUAUACCAGCUGAAUUUUCAGAGAGUGAUAAGGCUAUAAUGAGAGAAUGUACAUUCAAUGCUGGAUUGAUCGGUGAGAAAAAUUCGGAAAAAUUGCAAUUUACAACUGAACCCGAAGCUGCUGCAGUCUAUUGUAUGCAUAGUAGUUUAAGAGAAUACAAACUUACAGAACCUGGAACAACUUUUAUGAUUGUUGACUGCGGUGGUGGCACAGUAGAUUUAACAACACGUAAAUUAUUAGAAGGAAACCAAUUAGGUGAAAUUACUGAGCGAGCAGGAGAUUUCUGUGGGAGCACUUUCAUUGAUAAAGAAUUUAUUAAAUUACUUAGAAAUGAAGUUGGAGAAUCAGCUAUGGAUUUGUUUAGUGAUAAACAUUAUGGUCAAUUACAAUAUUUAGUUCAAGAAUUUUGUCAAAAUGUUAAGUUACCAUUUAAUGGAAAUGAUCCAAAUUUUAAUUAUGAAAUUGAUCUUGAAGAAGCUGCUCCUGCAUUAUUACAAUGUGUCACUGGUUCAGAAAAAGAUUUAAUAGAAGAGAAAGAAUGGAUGAUUAUACUUGAUUUUAAUACUAUUAAAUCCUUGUUUGAUCCUAUUGUUGAUAGAAUUAUCAAAAUGAUUCGGACUCAACUCGAUAAUUCUAAAAAUUGUUCAGCAAUAUUCUUAGUUGGAGGUUUCGGUCAAUCCAAAUAUUUACAGAAAAGAGUCGAGGAAGAAUUUAGUCGAUCAGUAGAUAAUAUCUCGAUCCCAAAUCAACCUAUUGCAGCAGUAGUACGUGGUGCAGCAAUUUACGGAAAAAGUUUAAAUGAAUCAAGAAACUUGGGUAAAUUAAAUAAUUCAAAAUGUGUUAUCGCAACUCGCGUAUUGAAACAUACGUUUGGAACUAAAGUAUCUCCUUUAUGGGAUAGAGGAGAUUCAUUGGAACGAAUGUCAUUUGAUGGAAGAGUAGAUAAAUUUUAUCGUAUUGUAGAACGUAAAACUGAAGUUGCAAUGGAUCAAGAAUUUAAAAUUGAAGAUUUGGUUCCUGUUUAUUCAGAUCAAACUGGAUUAAAUUUUGAAAUAUAUUACACCAAAGAACAGGAUGCUGUUUAUUGCGAUGAACUUGGCACGAAAUUGCUUGGGAACUUACGUAUUGACCUUCCUGACGUGCAUUUAGGAACCGAUAGACCCUGUACGCUUAGCAUAUCAUUUGGUGAUAUGGAAAUUAAAGCUACAGCAUUUAAUCAAACAAAUGGACAAAUUUAUCAAACCAACUUUGAAUUAAAUGAUUAUUAG